UCCCAGCAAACUUAUGAUAAUGUUCCAGUGCCUGAUAAACUGGUUUGUCUUAUUCAAGCUAUACGAAAUAUUGAAACUUCUUUGGAGGUAUUGUGCACAUUUUAAUUAUUUCUGUAUUUUUAUUUUGAUACCAUUCAUUUAGCCUAAGUUAAACCGAUAAUUAUUUUAUUAAAGUAAAAUAGUUUUCCUCCUUAUUCGUCAUAAGGACUUGAGAGGUAUAAGUCUAAAAUUUUAUGUUAGUAAUUGUUAGCUACAAUGUUUCUUUUACAUGCUUUUUAUUUUCCUGUACUAUUUUUUCAAUCAGCAACGUGCACUUGCAGCUGUUCUGCUCAGAAGACUAUUUACCAGCAACUUUGAAUCUUUGUGGCCCCAAAUUUCCCCUGAUAUUCAGAAUGGUGUCAAACAAGAACUCAUGACAGCCAUUCACCAGGAGGCAUCUCAGCCCGUUCGCAAAAAGAUUUGCGAUGCUUUCUCUGAAUUGGCAAGAAACAUGAUAGGUAUUUAUAAUGGUUGUAAUUAAAUAGGCCCCUAGAUCAUUGGUCAAUUAAGGGUUUUGUUUCUUAGUUGAAAAUUAAUUGUUCACAGCAGUUGUGUACUUAACUAUUUUAAUUUUAAUGAGUUGCCUAUACCAUUUACAGAUGAUGAGAAUGUCAUGCAGUGGCCGGAAGCCUUGAAAUUUUUGUUUGAAUGUGCAAGUUCAGAGAACCCGGUGCUCAAGGAAAGUGCUUUGCAUAUACUAGCGUAAGUUUUCAUGUCUUAAAAAAUCUGUUAGUUUCUAUUGAUCCAUCUUAGAUGAAAUAGAUUUUAACUAAUUUAUUAGUUGAUUAAUUAUAAAUCUAUAAAGUUCUUUAUUAAUUUGUGAGAUUGAUAACUUAUAGUUAGCUUUCAGUUUAAUAUCUUCAUUUUCAUUUCAGUGCAGUGCCUGGUAUUUUUGGAAAUCAACAAAACCAGUACCUGGAGGUUAUCAAACAAAUGUUGGGGGCAGCUCUUAUGGACAGAACAAACCCCUCAGUGAGUCUGUCAUUAUUGGUACACAGUCCUUUGUUCUGGUGGGAUUAAAUUUUGUAAAUAACUUGACAGCCUCAUUUUUUCCUCUUACAUCACAUUAGUGUGUGUCAGGGCGGUAUUGUGUUGGUUGUUUUUUGCAUUAUUCAGUAAACGUGGAGGGGUGAUUUUUAAAUGUCACACCUGAUUAUCUGCAGAUGAGGUUAUUAGUUCAAACUUUUCCUUCUUUCCCAUGAAUAAGCAGCCUGGAUGGCCUAAAGCAGAGGCCUGCAAAUUUUUUGUUCACUGGUGGCACAAUCCUAGUCUUUUUGAAAAUCAUGCAGAACACCACAAGUAAAACUGUACAAAAUAAUGAAUUUAGGGUGUAUGACUGAAAUAAACAUUUGCAAGGAACAGGUCAUACUAAAAAAGAGAAUAUACUUACAUUCAAAAUAGCGUAGAAUGCUCAAACGUGUCAGUUGACAGUGUCAAUUAUCUUUAUUAUACACAUUUCUGCUGUCCUGGUACUUGGCGUAUAUUUCUAUGCCUAAUCUCCUCUUGAAGUUGUAAGUCAUUUGUUCUAUACUUUACCUCAUCUUGGCUUAUGUGAGGAAGUAAUUCAUUCAUUCUAUGCUUUACCUCAUCUUUGAGUAUGUGAGGAAGUAAGACAUUUAUUCUAUGCUUAUCCUCAUCUAGUUAUGGAGUAUCUGAGGAAUUAAGUCAUUCAUUCUAUGCUUUAUCUUCUUUGAGUAUGUGAGGAAGUAAAUCAUUAAUCAAAAUAUUAUAAUAAUAAUAAUAAUAUUUAAAUGUAUGGAAUGGCUUUCAGCUAAAAAGAACAAAUAACCAGUAGGUUAGUCUGUCUCUAUUCAAACACUAGUCAGAAAAACCCAUUUCAACUAUAAUUACAUUUAUUUUGAAAACGUUCCUUGACGGGGUCAAUUGGAGUUGCUCAGUUAUUGAUCCUUGAUGUAUCAAUUAAUGUAUGGUGAAAUAUUAAUUGUGCAUUGAUUUUGAUAGCUUACAGAAUGAUUAAGAUAUAGGAUCACACUUUGAUCUCAAUGUUAAAGGUCCACUCUGUAACUCCAUGGAACUCAUGGUCAAAGGUCCUUUGAGGUAACUUGGUUAAAACGCUUGUAAUAUUACCAACUUCAAUGACUCAUACAGGUUUGCUUUGAGGCUGUGAAGGCUACCACUGCAUUUGUUGUCAACAAUGAUAAAGAACUUGGAAUUCUGAACCAUUUUAAGGACCUCUUGCCAUUGCUCAUUCAGGUUUGUUUCUUCAGUAUAUUUUUAUACAUAGACCAAAUAUCUUUUCAUUAGCUUUUUAAUACCAUUUUUUAAUGAAUUCAAAUAUUUUUUUGUUGUUCUUUCAGGUUUUUGUCAUUUAAAUUUAAUCGCUUAAUUUGUUUUUGGAAAGAAACUUUUUAGCUAUUUUUAUUAAUAAAAGUUUCAUUGAGAAAUGACAGGUUUUAUAAUCAGUCAUUCUCUAAGGACAUGAUAAAACUUAUCUAGUUAUUAUUAUUACAGUGGUCUUAUAUAGCGCAGUACCUGAGCCUAGGGCUGGGCUCAACGCGCUGCACAUAAAAAUAAUAGUAAACAUAAUCAUGACAUUAAAAAAUAACAUACAUUUAUUUAAUUAUAAAACAGCUGUAUAAAAAACAAAUGUAUGUUCACCCCACCCACCCCAAAACUUUGACAUGCCAAGGCAUGGAUGGCACCCAGCAGCAUGGUUUAUCGGUCAGAGUGGGGAAGGAAUCAGAUUACAUUUCAUUGAUAUUCUUUUCAUAGCUUUUGAAUCUGUACUUAAACUGUCUGUUAAUAAUUAGUCUGACCAUUUAGCCAUAAAGAAUUUAUUUUUUAUCCUAUAGGGCAUAGCAGACAGCAUCAGCGCCCAAGAAGAUGAUAGCUUACUUAAAUGCCUUAUUGAACUGUCUGAAAAUGUGCCAAAAUUCUUAAGGAGUCAGCUGGAGACUGUAAUUGAAUUAUGUCUGCGGGUUUGUUUAUUUCUUUAACUUCUAAAUCUAAUCCAAUAAUAUCAAGUUGGUCCCACUUAGACUAGGAAAUUGUAAUUAAGACUUUCCAAGUUCCAUAUUGAUAUUAAACUUUUCCAGUACCGGUACUUUUCUUUUUCUGAAACUAAUCCACACAACUGCCAAUAAACACAAAAGUGUCAAGGCCUAGACGUAAACAAUAAAUAUUAAAUAAAAUAAACAAUUUUAUUUUUUUCCCAGUUUGUUAAAUUGUAACCAGUUUUAUUAAUUUGGAUGGUUAAUUAUUUUCCACCAAUAUAUCGGUGGUUUACCAGGAACAUGAGAAAUGAAGCAAUCUUAAAAGAUGCAUAAUACAUUUACUAACUUUUGUUAUAGUCAAUAAUUGGCAGUCAAUUUUAAGGUAAAUAAUCCAUUCGUUAUGUUAAUCAUCUGUUAUGCAAUUAUUUUUUUUUUCUAGUCUAAAAAAGUUUUCAAUAUCAUAUGAAAGACUCCAUUAUGAUGAGUCUCUUAUUGUAAGUCAAAGGCACACCCUGCACAUCUAGUACGUCAAAGGCACACCCAGCACAUCUAGUACGUUAAAGGCACACCCAGCACAUCUAGUACAUCAAAGCCACACCCAGCACAUCUAGUACAUCAAAGCCACACCCAGGACAUCUAGUACAUCAAAGCCACAUCCAAUACAUCAUGUGAGACAAAAGCCAAAUCCAAUACAUCAUGUGAGACAAAGCGACAUCCAAUACAUCCUGUUAGACAAAGCCAAUCCUGUUAGACAAAGCCACGUCCAAUGCAUCCUGUAAGACAAAGCCACAUCCAAUAUGUCAUGUAAGACAAAGCUACAUCCCAUACAUACAGUUGACUGAUGUUUGGUCAGUGUGUUCAGUGCCUGAUAUUAUAAUUUCUUUGUUUUGUUAGGUUGUUUCAGAUGCCAACCUGGAUGAUACAUGGAGACAGCUGGCACUUGAGGUUAUUGUGACAAUGUCAGAAACAGCCCCUGCAAUGGUGAGAAAGUUUGCAAAGUUUAUUCCCCUGCUCGGUAAGUUUAUAUUUUUUUAAUUCUUUAUAAAUGUAGAUGAAUUGAAUGUUUAUUACUGGUGAGAUAUUGUUAAGACAGUGGUUCUUAACCUUUUUGGAGGUACCGAACCCCACCAGUUUCAUAUGCACAUUCACCGAACCCUUCUUUAUAGGAAAAAUAAUAAUUUUUUUUUCUGAUUUUUGUUGGACCUCCGUCAAACCCCUGAGACUGACUCUCCGAACCCCUGGGGUUCGAUCGAACCCAGGUUAAGAACCACUGUGUUAAGAGUUUCACACAGGUUAAGGUAAACCAUAGGUAAAAUGGGCAUCACAUUCGGUCUGGUUCAUAGAAAAUAAUUAAAGAUUGUUGUGAAGGAUUUGUUGUCUAAAUAAUAAUAACUUUCUUCUAGCAACAAAUUUUAAUGCAUCCUCAUCAGACAUUAUCAUAGAUUAGUAUAAUUUGAUUCUCUAUUGAUAUCCAGAGAAAUUGCAUGAGAACGGCCUGUUUCAAUUAAACUUUUAUUUUUAUUACUGCAGUGCAACAAGUAUUGGCUCUGAUGGUCGACUUGGAAGAUGAUCCAGACUGGUCACUUCAAGACAUUGAAGAUGAUGAAGACACUGACUCGUACGUCCAUUAUUUAUCUCACUGAUUGACCAGGCUUUCAGUCGCUGACUGGACACGUUCACUUGCAUAAGUUAUUCUGUGAUGCUACUGCUUUCAGUCACUGCCCGGACACGUUCACUUACUUAAGUUAUUCUGUGACGCUACUGCUUUCAGUCACUGCCCGGACACGUUCACUUGCAUAAGUUAUUCUGUGAUGCUACUGCUUUCAGUCACUGCCCGGACACAUUCACUUGCAUAAGUUAUUCUGUGAUGCUACUGCUUUGUAUGUUCACCGUUUAUGACAGGCAAAUAAGUCUACAAAAAAAUUGUUAGCUAUUAUUUAACCAGUCAGUGCAUUUUUAACUUGGCCCUGAAAUUCCAAAAUGUUAUCUGAUUGUGUACUAUAUUUUUUUAACCCAUAGAAUUAGGAUUUUUGAUGUUAUAGGGUUUAACAUAUAGAAUUAUCUCUAUUCAUGCAAGAAGUCCAUUUUAAUUAUCUCUAUUCAGUCUGACACAUGCAAGAAGUCCAUUUUUAAUUAUCUCUAUUCAGUCUGACACAUGCAAGAAGUCAUUUUUAAUUAUCUCUAUUCAGUCGGACACAUGCAAGAAGUCAUUUUUAAUUAUCUCUGUUCAGUCGGGCACAUGCAAGAAGUCAUUUUUAAUUAUCUCUAUUCAGUCUGGCACAUGCAAGAAGUCAUUUUUUACUUAUCUCUAUUCAGUCUGGCACAUGCAAGAAGUUAUUUUUUUAUGGUAAAACUUUUAAAACUAUCCUUUGAAUUAUUUUGUAUUUUUAUAAUCCUGCAAGUUUGAUUGAAUGCAUGAAUCUUUCACUGACUCAUCUCAGGAACCCAAUAGCUGGUGAAGCUGCAUUAGACAGACUGGCCUGUGCUCUGGGGGGAAAGACUAUGUUGCCACAUAUAGUGUCUAAUAUAUCUCAAAUGUUACAGCAUGGUAAGAUAAGAAUAUCAAUAAUUUAAAAAAAUAGGUUUUAUAAUUCUUUAACCAUAAAUAUAUUCAUAUGCCAGCCGCCUCUUAAUUUUAAUAUUAUUUAAAAACUGCUCAUUGACUCAUUUCUCUUUGAUGUAAAGCAAUGCUUUUAAGUUAUUUUUUAGACAUAGUUGUAACCCAAGGAUUGUGUUUUAGCUGACUGGAAGUACCGAUAUGCUGGUUUAAUGGCUGUGUCUGCCUGUGGGGAGGGCUGUCAUAUACAUAUGGAACAAAUGCUUACCAACAUUGUUGAUGCUGUCCUGCCCUUCGCUAUAGAUCCAGUAAGUUAUUUUGGAUAAGGGCUUGUUUCAAAAUAGCAAACUGAAGAAUAAAAUCCCCAAGUGUAAACACAUUGAAGCUGCACAUUUAAAUUACCAGGGUAAGCGGGGUAAAAUUAGAAUUUUCACUACCUUCUGCAAUCCUAAAAAAAAAUCUGUACUUUUCAAUUCUUCAGCAUCCACGAGUUCGCUAUGCUGCCUGCAAUGCCCUAGGACAGCUCUGCACUGAUUUUGGACCCAACUGUCAAAAGAAAUUCCACAAUAAGGUAUUGUCAGAUAAGAAUUUUUACAUAAAUAAUACCUGACAAAUACUGAUUUUAAAUUUAAAAAUUCAUCUGGUGCAUGUUUAGUGUGUAGCUGAAAUUUAUAUGAUGUUCUCUAUUUUAUUAUUGACAAAUUUUAUUUAUAAAUUGACAACUAAGAAUUGACCUUUCCUUUUGAAAAAAUGACUGUAUUUUCAGAUUGUACCAGCUUUAGUCAGCAUCCUGGACGAUGAGGCAAACCCCCGUGUUCAGGCCCACGGUGCAGCUGCACUGGUUAAUUUCAGCGAGGAAUGCCCCAAACACAUCCUGGUGCAGUACUUGGAUCUGAUCAUACUCAAACUGGAACAAGUGCUCACUCAAAAAUUCUCAGAGGUGGGUCUAAUCGGUCCCUUAGGAAUUCAAUUAACAUAAUAGGUCAGCAGUUCCUAACAUUUCUUGAGUCUCAGCACCCUUGGUAAAGCCAGGUUCUCCUGAGGACCCUAUGAAAAAUCUAUCUGACACCCUGCAAAAUAAAGAUUUUUUUUGUUUAUAAUAAUGUGUUGUAAAAAUGAAUGAAGCCAAAAAGCAUGGGGAGUAACUUGUGCCAACAUUUAUUAUACAAGUGAGUUUCAGGACCUGGGCAGCCAAAUGUCAUGUUCUAUCGCAAUGAAAUUAAAUAAUGAAAAUGGGGUAAAAUUUUGCGCCGUCCCGUGAGGAUGCGGCAGCUCCCCAGGGCGCCAGCAGUGAGAACGUUUUGGGAAUCCCGUUAUAGGUUAUUAUCUAUGGUCGGGUACAGUAAUACCCUGAUUCUACGGGAGAAAUAUCUUUGGGGAAGGGUCUUUCUUUGACAUAAACUUUGUUUUUAAGAUUAUAGUAACUUUGUUUAACAUUAUAGUGACCAUGUGUGACAAUUUAUUGUUGCACAUAAAAUAGAGAACAUCUGUUCUAAUUGUGUCUAAAACAUUGCAGCAUCUUCAGAAAGGGAACAAGUUAGUUUUGGAGCAGGUGAUUACAACACUGGCUUCAGUUGCAGAUACAGCUCAAGAUAAAUUCUUACAGUACUACGACAGGUCAGGGAUUUAUCUCAAAUGUUAUUUAAACUGCUUGGAAUUAGCUGAAGUGAACCUGGCUUCUUUUUUAAAGAUGUUUAACUCAAAAGUUCAACUCAUUUAACUCUGCUAACUUUUUUUUUUAAAAUUGCAGAUUCAUGCCAUGUCUGAAAUUUAUUAUGCAGCAAGUACAAAGCAAAGAACACCGCUUGCUACGAGGCAAGACCAUCGAGUGCAUCAGUUUGAUAGGACUUGCCGUGGGGAAAGAGAAAUUUAUGCAGGACUGUAAUGAAGUGAUGCAGCUUUUAUUGAAAACACAGACAGAUGAAGAUGACCUGGCUGAUGAUGAUCCUCAGGUAUAACAGUCUUGAUAACUAAAUACUUGGUAUCAAACGUUCUCUAUUUUAGGUUUGACCUAGUGACAUGUUUCUUCCGCCAACCCUAGUGGCGGCAUGGCUUUGCUGGCUUAUAAAGUGACCUGUUCCUUGGCCUACCCUCUUAAAGUCAGCGUUACUGGGAUAUGCAAUGUUAAAUUUCUUAAUAACAAGCUAUCUACAAUACACUUCUACAUAUCAGUGCCAGAAAAAGUCUUUUCUUAUUUUCAUUUGUGUAUUUAAACCCCUUACAAUAGUUGUCACUGCGUAAAACUGACAAAUGCACCUCAAAGAAUUGGUUGACUUCAACUUGAGCAGAAAUUAUUGACAAACAAUUUUUUAAAACUUAAAUUAAGUAAAAUAAAUAUUUUACAAAAUCUGAAGGAAGUGGUAAGCCUGUGACCAAUGCAGUGCUGGUCACUUCCUUACUUCUGAAUCAACUUAUUGAUUAAAAUAAAGUAUCAAAUGUGCAAAAUCUUUUUGAAACAAAACAUGUUUUACCGUGUGGAUUUUCCUUUUUCAGAUUACUUACAUGAUAUCAGCUUGGGCAAGAAUGUGUAAAAUAUUAGGCAAAGAGUUCGAGCAAUAUCUUCCUCUUGUCAUGGGUCCUGUGCUGAAAGCUGCUUCACUGAAACCAGAGGUGGCUUUAGUAGACAGUAAGUGUUAUUUGGUCAAACUAAAAAUUGAACUCACUUUAUGCCAUUUGUUAAGAAUUUCUACUUAAAAGAUGAAAAGCAAAGGACUAAAAAGAUUAAUUUUUAUUUACAGGUGAAGACAUGAAGGAAAUGGAGAAUAGUUCUGACUGGCAAUUUGUCACUUUGGGUGACCAGGUAAAAGUUUGUUUUUAUUCUUCAACACCAGACUGCUUAGAUUUUAUAAUUAGCCUAAUGAGGAUGUAGGUUAAUCAGUGUUGCCUUUGGUUUCGCAAUAAAAUUGACCUGCGUAAUUUCAUUUAAUGAAACAAGCUAAAUUUGAUUAAAUUUAACUAUCAAAAUUAGACCAACAGAGCUAUUUUUUAAAAAGUAAGUGUAUAAAUUCUCUUUUUUAAGUAUCAGUUCCUUGUUAUAGAACUUUGCUAAGGAUAUUAGAAAAAGACCACAUAGUCUGGUUCUGAAUUAGACCAGAUUACAAUGAUUAAAUAAAUUGUUUGAAACAGACCAUUACAAUGUGCAUUCUUUAAACUUCUUAGCAAAGCUUUGGUAUAUGCACUGCCGGGCUUGAAGAGAAGGCCACAGCAUGUCAGAUGUUGGUGUGUUAUGCCCGCGAACUCAAGGAAGGUUUUGCCCCUUACACUGAAGAUGUUGUCAAGAUUAUGGUACCGCUACUCAAGUUUUACUUCAAUGACAGUAUCCUUGUUUGAAAUCACCAGUCCAUGCACGACGCAUGUCUCACCUGUUUUUGUUUGUCCUGUAAAUGUUUUUAUGCUCUCUUCAAUACUCAUCAUUUACAUGUACUGAGACAAUAUUUGAAUGCCACGAAACAAGAAGAUGGAAAAAAGUUUAAAAUACAACAGUGGUAAUAGCUGAUGUUGACCUAAAUUAAAAAAUGUUCAGAUGUUGAAUUGCUGUUUAAGUUAAAAACCUUCACUAAGUGUUACCAGGUGUAAGAAUAGCUGCCACGGAGAGUCUUCCUUACCUCUUGGAGUGUGCCAAGAUACGAGGGGAAGAGUAUGUGGCCGACAUGUGGGGAACAUACAUAUGUCCCAAUUUACUCAAGGCUAUUGAAAUAGAACCAGAACUUUCAGUCCUGCCAGAAUAUUUACAGUCAUUUGCCAAGGUAAUGUUCUUAAGGAUACUUUAGGGGACAUUGCUUAAUUGUAGGGUAAUUUAGAGGGUAUACCAUGUUUACCUGGAGUGUUUAACUUGUUUACCUGGUAAGUAAAAUAUGUACAUUGAUUUGUGAAUGCUAUGUUUGACUUGGUGGAUGUGGGGAGGUGAUCUUUAACCCAUUCAAUCUCAGAAAUUUUAUUACUGGUAAUUCAAAUCACAGACCUAAGGAAGCAACUCCACAGUUACUGUUAAGUUUAGACAAAAAUUUGUAAAAAAUCUAUUUUAUAAUAUAUUUUGAUGAAAUAUAUUGAUGUCAUUCACAGGGUUCACACAGUCUUUGAAGGUUUGGGAAAAAUAAAUAAAAAUCUCCAGGGCCCGGAAAGUUUGGGAAAAUUGGCAAAAAACGUCACGGUCUUUGACAGUUUGGGAAAAUGAUUUUUUAAAAUUCGAAAGGAAAAAACUGGUGAAAAAAAAAAUGAAAGGAAAAAUGUUUCCAAUAUUACUGACAUGCGCAUAUUUCUGAAUGAUCCGUAACCCUGCAAGAAAGAAAUAAGUUCAUUGGUCGGUAGAUUUGUUUAAGCCAAUCAAAUUACUCUUAACGAGUAAGCUAUCACUAUCAGUGGGGAAAACAGGGAAUAGUAGAGAAUUUUUUGAAUAAUUUUCCCGUUCGUGAAAACAGGGAAAAUGGGCCUGCUAGUAAGGAAAUUUUCCGGAUAGUCUGAAAUUUUUUUAAUUUGUAAAAAAUAAAAUACAUUUGGCUUUGGAUUCCAUGAAAAAUUGAUGUUAAUCCACAAUCUAUUUUUAGCCUUUCUGUUAUCAAAAGAACUUUGCGAAAUGCUAGUGGUUUCCCCUUAAUUUAACUUCGCAAGCGUUCUAAUACCGUACAACUUCGAUAGACCAGAAAUAUUUAAUUUCUGUUCACAUCGCCGAUCAAGAGAUGUUUGACUGUUUGGGUAAGUAAAGUGUAAAAUAUAGUAAAUAAUUAUUUGAACCUAGUUUUCAAUUGUGAGGUAACUAUUAAAAUUAGGGAACUACUCGUCCAGGCGCUGUCUAAACUGACUAAGCUUAGCUAGCGUACUUUGCUAUGUGGUAGUCUUCAUGAGUUGAUUUUUAACUGUUUUACUGUAUGAAUGUGGGCUACAUGUAUUUUUUUAUUAGUGCUAGGCAGCCUUUAAAACUUUAAACUUUUUUUAAAGACGAAGUUCACUUUACCCUUCAUUAUGGAGUAGGCCUUCUAAUUUUAAAUAGGCUAAUAUGAUCAAGUUAUUUUGUGGUGUUAUUUUUGCGUAGAUUAGUUAGCUAGUUAACGGCUGACUUCGGAAAUUCAUUUAAAAUUAAAACUUUAAAAGUUAAACUAAAACUAUUUGAUUGGAUUUGAUACAUCGAUUCAGUGAGCCUAACAUAACUGUAUAUAGUUACUUAGUCCUUAGUUAUAGUCCUUAUUUGUUUUAUGCAUUCCCGUGCUCUGGGUAGAUUUGACGGUAUUACAUACUAUUAUUCAUAAGGAUAGGUGUUUUUGGGUUUUUUUUUGUGUGUGUGGGGUGGGGGUUUUCCCUUGGCUUGGAUACUUUAAAAAAGGGGAGGGGGGGGGUCAAUGAUGCAUUCCCCUGCGGAAAAUCCUGACAGUGCUGUUUCAUAUGCAUAUCUUCGCAUCUCUUCUGACUCUAUAUUACUGUAGUUUAGUACGGCUAUAAUAUAGUCUAUGUGAUGUAUGCCUUAUUGUAAAUUAUGAACAUAAUAUACAUAUAAUGUACCGGUAUAUUUUUUUUUCACAUUUUAUUUUUGUUUCACUAUUCAGGAUCAAGGCUCAAUAAAAUAAUGCCCAACACAAAGUUGAACAAAUCAUUACUGCUUCACUCUGCUGGAACUAUUGAUAUCAAGUAUUCAGGAUGAAAAUAUUAAACAAAUGUCAAUCAUCUGAUGAGACUUCAGCUUUAUCACCUAUCUUAGGUGUCCAGUUCUGCAACUUUUCAGCCAAGCUCCCAAUGUAUGUGCCAAAAUAUGAAGCCCUCAUUGAAGACAUUUUAUUGACAAGCAAAUGGCUAUUUAUGUUUGCAUCUGGGAUGUAAAUAAAGUUAGUUUAUUUCUCCAUUCGUCUCAUUUUCUUAGAUAUGCCACUGCUGAAAGCAUGUUAGAAAAAAUCAGUCCGAUUAUCACAGACCUUGGACACCGGUAAUUUUUACAAAUGACUAUGGAUAGCCCUGCAGUGAACUGGAAAUUUUUCAAAGCCUUUGGAUACAACUGGACAGUCAGGACAUUAAAAAUAUUUUGUCUAGGACAUUUCCUCAUUGGUCUGUAGCUGAUGAUUCAUCAUGAUAAUGAUGUUUUAACUAUUAAUUCAAAACAAAAAUUUGACUGUACAUACUUUGUGUUUUAUUUCUUAAAACUAUAGGAUUUCUCUACAUGGAUAAGCUGAUUAUUAUGUAUAUAUUGUAUCUUCUUAAGUGUUAUAAAGAAUUUUGAAUCUAUGCUAUUUUUAUGUGAGUUUGUUGUUUUUUCUCUCUUUAGUAGUACCAGUACCGUUACCGUAAAUGAUAAUAAAUAGGUCUUUGAAUUUAAAAAAACGGUCUUUGAAGGUUUGGGAAAAGUUUGUGUAUUCUGGACCUUGAAUUCUGUAUGAACCCUGUCAUUCAUGGUUGGUUGCUGUAUGUAUCGUCACACAUUAUUUCCCAAUGCUUAUGUUCAUUGAAUUCCUUAAUGUCAAUCUACACCAAAGUGACUACCCAUGAUCAUUAUAAUGUGCUAUUAUAAUAAUGAUGAUUAAGACUGGUUGAGCAAUCCAUAAAAUAACAAAAUAUUUUGGAGUAGUCUUCCUUGGUUGCAUCAGAGGGGUUGAAUUGGUUCUGGUCAGAUUUUUCAGUUUCAGGGUUGAAUGGGUUAUUCUCAUAGAGGUCAUGUUAAACAAUCUCUUAUAAUUUUGUCCCCAGUGUAUAGAAACACUUGGUAAAGGUUGUCUUAAAGAGCAGGACAUGUCCACAGUCGUCUCUUUGCUAGACAAUCUCCUGAAACAGCACUUCAUCAGACAAGUGCAGAGACAGGAGAAGAGGAAAGAUGAGGAUUAUGAUGAAAUUGUGGAGGAAAAUCUAGUUGAUGAAGUGAGCUACCCCAAAAAAUGUUUCUCACUGUCUCUAAAACUUAAAAACAAAUAUUGUUUUACUCUCGCUUAUUAGUAAGGAAAACUGACCAAAUGUUUUAUAAAAGUUAAUCAAAAUUUCUAACUGCAGUGUUAACCUUUCUAUAUUAUUCAUGAAUACAUUAAUUCUAGGUUCCUUUGUUUACUUGGAUCUAUAUCCACCACCGUCUAUUCAAUUAAGAUAAAUAAUACAUUUUAUUUAGAUAAAUAAAUUGUAAAUUAUCCAGUGAUGUUUUACUCAAUGCUGUUAAAACUAUUUGAGAACACCUUAUUCUUUUUGUCUUUAUCCAUUCUUCUUAUCUGCAUCCAUUUUUCUUGUCUGUAUUUUAUUUAUUUAUUUAGGCAUUUUUAUAUAGCGCUUACCUUAAAGCUCAAAGCGCUUUACAAUUAUUAAAAACAUGUAAACUAAUUAAAAUAAAAAUGAGACAUUAGGAUAGUAACUACUAUACUAUAGAAACAAUUAAAAUGGCUAUGAAACGAGGACACUUUGGCCUAUACUACAGGAUUAACCCUAGACAGAAGAUGAGGCAGGGCAAGGAGGGUGCAUCACAGGUCAUAGGCGGACCUAAACGGAUGGGUUUUAAGGGAGUUUUUAAAAGUGGACGAGGUUUCACAAUGACGGAUAUGGAAGGGGAGCUGGUUCCAGAACAUGGGCCCAUGGAAGUAGAAGGAGCGUUCACCGAUGGUCUUAGUUUUGGUUCUUGGGAUUGAGAGGGUUCUAUUGUCUGUAUCCAUUCUUCUUGUCUGUUUCAGGAUGAUGAAGAUGCAUAUGUGUUGAGUAAAAUUGCGGAUAUCCUUCACUCGUUUUUUGGUACACACAAAGAAUCUUUUCUACCAGUUUUUGAACAGAUCAUGCCAUACUUUGUCAAACUUUUAGUAAGUUUUAUCUUGUCAUGAAAUUAACAAUUCAUUUAAAAAAAGUUCUAACAUAAAGUUAUCAGUCAGCUAGUUUCAUAAGAAUUUACUUUUGCCAUAGCUUAACCCACGAACUGUGGCAUGCAUCAUUCUGUGGUGUGGAGCUUUUCAGAGCGUUUUGAGUGCCAUUUGAAAUUGCAUUAAAUGACAUAAGUAUAUAUUUUUAAGAAGGUUAUUGGAGGGGGAUAGUGAUGACCAUAUUGCCCACCCCGUAAAAAAAUUUUGCUCAGUGUCCUUGACCUUGAAGUUCUGAAGAAAAAAAGAUCAACAAAAUGUCUUGCUUUCAAGUGCUCAUAACAUCAUUAAUUUUUAUAGAUACACUUAAAACACAAAUCUAAAUGUUGUAGCCAAUUCAUUUAUCUUUAAGAAAAUGUAUAGUUUGCUAAGGUUUUGAUUGCAAGUCAACUUCUGAAAGCAAUUUUAGUAAUUUUAGGUAAUUUAUAUAAGAAACUGGGACCACUGCUAAAACCAAGUACAAAAUACGAAAUCUCAGGCAAAAUAGUUAUUAUUGACUAGUAAACAUUUAAAAAGGAACUGUGGAACUGAUUUGGGUUGUAUAACUAUAAAAUUUAUUAGUUCUGAUCUAUAAUCUGUAGCUUCUGUGAAUGAAAUUCAGACAGUCCUUGCCCAACCUCCGGACCUGGCUCGAAGUCUAACAGUAGCCUCAGUAGGCCUACUUCAGUAUCAUUAAGACUAGUAUAAGAUUCACGAGAAGAAUAAUCUCAACUGAUAUAUUUUGGGGAAUGUUAAUAUCAUCAUCAGUAGCACUUAAAUCCUCUCCUAAAAAGCUUUCAAACAUAUUUCUAUUAGUUCUUGCACUGAAUGACCCCAGCCAUGGCUUCAACCAUUUUAGCUUUAAAAAAAAAACAGCGAAAUAAAACUCUGAUUAAAAAUUAUUUAUUUUUAAGUUAUCACGAAACAGCUUGAACUGGAGGAUGAUUUAAUUAUUAAUGAAAGGACUUGGCUAUAAUUCCGGUUAAAUAUUGGAUUGGAAGUUGCUAUCCGAUUUUUUUUUUUCGGCUGACCACAGUUCGUGAGUUAAAACUAUCAACUAAUUGAGAAAAAUGUCUUGAUUUAAGCAGUCAUCAUUUGAAUGAAAUUGUUUGUGGGAAAAUCAGUGUUACAUUAUCUUUCAACAUAAAAAUAUGUCAAAUGCCAUUUAUUUUCUAAUAAAAAAUGAUAAAUAUUAUAUUUAUGCAGGAAAACAUUUCUAUGUAACUACCCUGACAGGAUUUUUAUUUUUUCCGGUGAAUAAUAUCCAGUUAUUAUUACUUGUUAAAUAAUGUAUUUGAGGGUUAUUUCUACCAUUUCGUGGCACAUGCCUUACAGAGAAUAUGAAAGCUUUGUGAGACUUGUAAGCUUUGUAAGUUUUGACCAACAUUAGGAUAAGUAGUGUCUUUUCACUAUUCUAUAUUCCAUUCAAAUAAUUCUAUUUAUGGUUACAGUUACCAGACAGACCUUGGUCAGACAGACAGUGGGCUUUGUGUGUAUGGGAUGAUGUCAUUGAACAUACUGGGCCAGUAAGUCGUUAAAUAAAUCUUACAUAAAGUAAAGAGUUGUUUCACAUUGAGUCAUCGUCUACUAAACUGUCUGUUUUUUUUAUUCUAUUGGGAAGGUAGAGGAAAAGGUUUGGUGGGGGGUGUAUGCUAUAUUAGUGCAGCUUGUUAAAAGUUUGUAAAGCUGGAACUGUUUAAAUAGAAAAUUGUAAGUUUAAGUUAUGAAUUAUGUAAUCAUGAUGAGCCAUUUAUAAAUGUUUGUGAUUUGUACACCACCUCAACUUAUUUCAGCUCUCCUACAAAUAUCGAGAGUUCUUCAUAGAGCACAUGCUUCAGGCCAUCACCGACAAAGUUCCAGAGAUUCGGCAGGCUGCGGCAUAUGGCAUCGGUGUGAUUGGUCAGUUUGGAGGAGAGGUUUACGCAGAUGUUUGUGCCGGUGAGUUACUGUGUCCUCUUUAGCAAGGCGUGAAUCACAUCUUGUUGGUGUAUUGAUAGCAUUGCCUGCCAAGCAACCUACAGGUCAUUGGUUGGUUUUAAUAUCCAUCUGUUUGCAUUUGGCUGGGUGGUAAAGAGUUGUCUUCAAAUGUUGGGCAUUUGGCUGGGUGGUAAGGACUUGUCAUCCUCAGAGGUUGGGCAUUUGGCUGGGUGGUAAAGACUUGUUCUCAAAGUUUGGACAUUUGGCUGGGUGGUAAAGACUCAUUCUCAAAGGUUGGACAUUUGGCUUGGUGGUAAAGACUCAUCAUCCUCAAAAGCAACAUCUUGGGAAGUGGGUAAAGUUUCAGUAAAAAUUCUCCCUGCCUAUGGGAUAAAUAGGCUGUAUUAUUGUGCUGUCUUGGUUUAGUGCAUUAUUGAAAAUGGCUGUCAUCUUUCAAGUUAUGUUCAUUUAAUUUACUUAUAAAAUAUCUGACAUUGCUGUUUGUCAGCAUUUCCUUCGGCUUGUCAUUUGAAACACCAUACAUUUGAGUUGCUGUCUUCAUAUUUGUUCACAGAGAGUAUACCUCGACUGGUCAGUGUCAUUGAGCACCCGGAAUCCAAGGAGGUGGAAAAUUCCCCGGCCACAGACAAUGCUAUCUCUGCUGUGGUGAAAAUCUGCCAGUUCAAUGGGUCAAAGGUCAACAUUGAAGAACUAUUAGCCAGGCUUGUGUCAUGGUUACCAAUUCUCAGUGAUGAAGAAGAGGCUGCACAUGUCUACACAUAUUUCUGUGAUCUUUUGGACAAGUGAGCAAUAUUUUUUAUUUAUAAAAAGCUAAUGAGAUAUGAAACAAUCAUGUGGGGCUUCCUAUGAGCUAAUGAGAUAUGAAACAAUCAUGUGGGGCUUCCUAUGAGCUAAUGAGAUAUGAAAGAAUCAUGUGGGGUUUUCUGUGGGCUAAUGAGAUAUGAAACAAUCAUGUGGGAUUUUCUGUGGGCUAAUGAGAUAUGAUACAAUCAUGUGGGGCUUCCUAUGAGCUAAUGAGAUAUGAAACAAUCAUGUGGGGUUUUCUGUGGGCUAAUGAGAUAUGAAACAAUCAUGUGGGGCUUCCUAUGAGCUAAUGAGAUAUGAAACUAUCAUGUGGGGCUUCCUAUGAGCUAAUGAGAUAUGAAACAAUCAUGUGGGGUUUCCUAUGAGGUAAUGAGAUUUGAAACAAUCAUGUGUGGUAUGUAGGUACAAGUAUAGCUAGUUUAUUUGUUUCAUCAGAAACCAUCCAGGCAUAAUGGGAGAAAAUGCUGCAAAUCUUCCUAAAGUUGUCAGCAUAGUUGCCGAGACACUCCAUCGUGAAUUGAUUCAAGAAGACACACCUUUAUACCUGAGACUCAUCAGUAUAGUCAAACAAGUUCAGGUAAUUUUUCUGUAUUCUUGAACUUUGUUCAGGGGUGGGGGGUUUUUGUGUACAGUAAAAAAAAUGAAAAAAUAUGUUAACUCUAUUCUGUUUGAUUAACUUAUCAGCAGGAGACACUAUUGAUUGCCAGGAAGCAUAUGAAAACUAGGUUAUAUAAAUAUCUAUUAAAACAUCAAAAUUGGGCAGGUAAUUUUUUUAUCACUUUGUUGAUGGGUUGAAUUUUGAUAAGAUAAAAUAAAAUAUCUAUAUUACGAGUGUUGUAUUGUGGAUCACUAUCAUGGCAUUGAAUGAUCCUUAUUUAUUGCCAGAUGUCCUUUAUGAACAAGCCCAAAUGUUUUUUUUUCUCCUUUUCUUUUUGUAGCUAUGUUCACUUUAAAAUGUAAUGUGUUAGUCAGUUGCAUAAAGUUAUAUACUCCAUUGCUGGGUCUGUUUGGUCAGUCAGUUGCUUAAAGUUAUAUGCUCCAUUGCUGGGUCUGUUUGGUCAGUCAGUUGCUUAAAGUUAUAUACUCCAUUGCUGGGUCUGUUUGAAGCGAAACAGAUUAAAAUAUCUAACAAACAAUCAUUUAAGUACAGAUUGUGGUUGUGGUUGAUUUGAUCAAAAUAUUUCCCCAAAAACACAGAUCUACAUUUGUUUACAUCUUUGUUGUGUACAGUGUUUUUGUAUCAUUCUUUGUUUUCAUUUUCAGUCAAACCCUGAUGCUUUUCAAGUGUGUGUGAGUCAACUGACAGAUCUUCAGAAGCAGGCACUAAGUGAGGCUUUAGAAUGAAGCCAUUGAUGACUUGAUGGGGGAUUAUGAGGAAUCUUGUCAACUUGCAAUGACAUUAUACUUGCCCGAGAUCUCACCUGAGAUAACCUACUGCUUGAAUUUAUUUCUUAAAUCCCUAUUAACCUGAAAUGAUGUAUUGACAUUUUUCCAGACAAGACAGGAACUCGGACAUCUAGACAAGACAGGAACACAAACUAUUUUAUGUCACAGAAAUUUUUAGUUGGUAAAGUGUACACAUAAUUUUAGGAAAUAGUUCUCAGAUAUUUUUGAAAGUUGAAAUUUUAAAAAAUAAAGGUAUGUUAUUAGCAAAUAUAUUGUAGAAAGGGCUUUACAGGAGUUACUGUAUGUUGUGUUCAAGAAAUGGCUAUAUAGCACUGGAUAUGUUGUGGAAAGGGUGUAUGACGUAAAGCAAAGUAAAAUAAAUUCUAGCAAAGUAAAAUAAAUUCUACCAAUGCUAGGUGCUGUAUUUCCUGUUGAGUAGGAACCGUCAGUUAGGUGCACAUUGAUCUAGUUUUUGUCCCUUAGCUUUCAGUCAAAGAAUUUCUCAAUGCAAUCUUAUCAUCUUGGUCCUUGUAUUUUACAGAUUUUAAUUCCUCCAAUAUAAAUUGCUGUGAGUUGAUUGACUUUUAUAGGUGAUUCAGCUUUCACUUUUAUAGAAUCAAUGAAGUUUUGCUCUAGAAAGCAAUAUUGGAAAAAAAAUCUUAGUGAAUAUUGUUGUAUGUUACCAAUAUUGGGAAAAGUUUUGUUAUAUGAUGUAAAGUUUUUGGUCACUGAUGUACAUACAAUUCAAAAUGCUUAUUUCCCAUAGGAUUGAAGCAUCUGGUAACACAAGAUUUAAAUUUUAAAAAAAUACUGUGAAAUUUUUAUCUGGUUGAGAACAUAGACAAUACUGUUACAUAUGAGAACAUACAUUUACAAAUGUAUGUUGGACUCAACAGUAACAGCUCACCAAAAAAUUAUUUUUAUCCUUUUAAUUAAUUGAAAGAAUAAAACAUUUGUACAAAAUGUGUGUAACUAUUUUCAAAUAAUCUUUUAAAAAAGGUUAUUGCUAGUUUCAAGUUGAAUGACUGUCAAGUCUCUCACAACAGAAAUAUUUACUUAUAACAGGUAUGACAAGGGGGCUUAAUCUUGUUCAGUCUUGUGAUGCACUUGUCUCCUCCACAAUUAUUUUUGCCUUGAAUCUAUAACCAUUGUUUUGACACUAUGUUAAGAAGACUGUACAGAACAAUCUAAAUCUUUUUUUUUUGCAAUUGAAAAUAAAUGUCAGUGGAAGACAGAGAUGCAUUUCUUAAAUCAUUUGGGUAAAUAUUUGUGUGUGAUUAUUGAGGAAGGGGAGUCUUUCAGGGUACACUCACUACUUGACUUGAGUGUCCACUCACUACCGGUGCUUGACUUGAGUGCCCAUCACUACUUGACUUGAGUGCCCACUCACUACUUGACAUAUGUGCCCACUCACUGCUUGAACACUACACUGGAGGUUUUAUUAAUGCCAGAAUAGUAAGAGAUGAGACUGUGAUGACGGAAGCUAUAUUGUACAAUUUUGGGAGUUUCAUUGCGACCAGGUUUGUCAGUACAGAUGUAUACAAAAACUUCAAUAAAGUAUUCCAUAAAACCGCAAGAGAUUCUCACUUAGAUACAUCUCCUAUAAUACCAUACAACGUUUCAGCUAAGAUAUUUUUUUUUCAAUUUCAAAAAACAGUUAUUAUAAGGAAUAUUGAUAUUUUUAUGCAGGUAUUUAAUUUACUGAAC